AUGCCUUGGCAUCAGCUCCCGUGGUCGUUACCCCCGCUCCUCCCUCCAACCGACCCCGGACAGGACCGACUCCGAGGGCAGGACCCCCACAGCACUUCACCCCCUCCCCCCACGGGGCUACUUCUCAUCGGCACCCCACGGGCGGCCUUCCUCCACCCCAAUGGAGGGUUACGGCGCUCGUUGCACGAAGAUCAGGGCGAGGCUCUCUCAAACAGAGCCACCCUCUGCCAGCUGGCCAACCACGUGAGGCCACGGAGUGUGGCCAUCAUCCACGUGCCCUCCCCCGCCAUGCCGAAGAUCAGCGCUGCCAAAAGCAGACGGAAUGUGCAGAAUUUCAUCGACGCCUGCAGAAACCUGGGAGUGUCUGAGGACCUCAUCUGUCACCCGCAGCACAUCCUGGAAAACGAAGGGUUAACCAAAGUGGCCCGGAUGGUUCAGGCACUGACAGAGACAGCCGCGCAAGGACCCCUCUAG